ACAGGAUUCUCUCUAAAGCCGGAAGUGCCACAAAUUUCAAACCUUGGCGGCGUUGCAUCGUGCAAGAAGCGUUAGAUUCCUCCGUCACAGCCCGGGAAAAGGAGCCAAAAUGGAAAAGAGCCUUUCCAGACUGCUCAUUGAUCUCUCUGUGAAAAUCAGCCGCAGCGACGGCCGAGUGCAUUUGGCAACGGUGAAGUCGGUGGAUUCCGCCAAGUCGACGGUGAUGGUCGAAUGGAACGAAAGAAACAUCUGCAGAGGGAAGGAGGUCGACGUGACCGAGUUAUGUGCACUCAAUCCAGAGCUUUUGGACCACAUAAAGACUUUCACCGACCAGACCGCAGACCCGCCCGCUCCUGCUCCAGAGAAGAAGUACGAGGAUCGACUGCGCUCAUCCAGGAUUCCUGGCCCGACCUCCUCACUCACCCAAGCUGAGGAGUCAGUUGCCAGUCGCAUGCAGACGAGGCAGACGUGUAUGUUCAAGCCCCCGGCUCCUGUGGUGGCACCGGUCUCAACCUCAGAGUCCUCUCGCGCCCUCCUGGAGACGGUCGGCCCUGAUCUCCCCUCUUCCUCCGUCCUCGCAAACUCUGAGCUUCAUAAUCAGCAGCCUAAAAAGAACAAGGCCAAACUGGUCCAGUCGCUGAGUUCUGCCCGCAGAGCCGCAGAGGAUAACGAUGAAGCCGAGAGAAUGCCUCCUCCAUCUACAGCUAGAGGCAGGAGAAAAUCUGUGGCUGCCCAAGAGCUAAACAAAGGCAGCAAAAGGUUGUCUUGUUUGGUAAAGACCCCUGAUACGCAGGUCAAGAAGGGAAAGUUUGGCGAGUCCUUUCAACCGAACUUGAAGUUCCACGACAUGAUCCGAGAUUUCAGAGAUACCAUGGAAAUAACCCCCAUAACAUCAUCCAGCGACAUUGAACCUCACAGGAUCACUGUGUGCGUUCGCAAGCGGCCCCUUAACAAACAAGAGAUUAUUAAGAAGGAGAUCGAUGUGGUGUCUGUCCCUGGAAGAGGUACUGUGCUGGUCCAUGAGCCUAAACAGAAAGUGGACCUCACCAAGUACUUGGAUAACCAAGUCUUCCACUUUGACUACUCCUUCAAUGAGGCCACCACCAACGAACUGGUCUACAAGUUCACGGCCAAACCUUUGGUAUGCUCCAUUUUUGAAGGUGGCAUGGCGACAUGUUUCGCCUACGGCCAGACUGGAAGUGGAAAGACUCACACGAUGGGAGGGGAUUUCACAGGGAAGCAGCAGAACAGCGCUAAAGGGAUCUAUGCUUUGGCAGCCCAGGAUGUGUUCGCCCUUCUUGACCAGGGGAGGUAUUCUGACCUGGAUCUCUCUGCCCAUGUCAGCUUCUUCGAGAUUUACAAUGGAAAAGUGUUUGACCUACUGAAUAAGAAGGCCAAGCUCCGUGUUCUGGAGGAUGACCGACAGCAGGUCCAGAUUGUGGGCCUGGAGGAGGUCUAUGUGUCCAAAGCAGAUGAGGUCAUCAAGCUUAUUCAGCUGGGCAGUGCAUGCAGAACAUCAGGUCAGACCUCUGCCAACGCCAACUCCUCGCGCUCUCAUGCCAUUCUUCAGAUUGGGCUGCGGCGCAACGACCGCGCCGCCACGCUGCACGGCAAGUUUUCCCUGGUCGAUUUGGCCGGCAACGAGCGCGGCACCGACGUCAGCAGCAAUGACCGCAGCACUUUAGUGGAGACGGCCGAGAUCAACCGCAGCCUGCUGGCUCUCAAGGAGUGCAUCCGCUCACUGGGAAUGAACAGUGAUCACAUUCCUUUCCGACAGUGCACUUUGACCAAAGUCCUCAGGGACUCUUUCAUUGGCGAAAAGUCCAGAACCUGCAUGAUUGCAAUGGUGUCUCCAGGCAUGGCUUCAUGCGAAUACACAAUGAACACACUACGUUAUGCUGACAGAGCAAAGGAGCUGAAGGCCAGUAGCAAAGCUAAUGAAGCAGCUAAGGCACAAGAGCUUCUCAAUAGCUCGACAGAGGAGGAAUCUGUUGAAGAUCCCACUGCAUUUGAAGCAAUAUCCCAAGUAGAAGAGCUCCACAAGAAGGUCUACUCACAGUACCAGAUCCUUACGUUUGUGUCGCCUUUGGUUUUUCAGAGAGGCGGUGAACUCUUCGAUGCGAUGGGACAAACGUCUUACAGCAUUGAGGCCGCACUUCCUGAUCUUGUGGACCAUGCAAAUCGUUUACGGGAAGUGGUACAAGCUUUGCAGUCGGCGGUGGAACAGGAGAAAAUGUCCAGGCAACUCUACUGAGAAGACUCACUGACUCACUCAGCAGGGGUGUUGAUUUAAAAGUUUCUUGAUUUGAUUGUGUUAAUGAAUAAAUAAAAAAUUUUCC